GAUUUCGAUUUAAUUUAUUUAUUGUCCUAUUUAUUAUCAUUUAUUUAUGUGAUUUGAUAUUUUAUAUUUCUAAUAUUUUUAUUUGUUUACUUUUAUACAUUAUUAAUUAAUAGUUAUUAGUUGCUUACUAUAUUCAUUGGUCUCAAUUGGCAAAAAAUGCCGCUGUCCGAGGAAGAGGGAUCCGCAGGAUCCUCUCCCAAAUGCAUCUUGUGUGAAAAAUCGUUGGCAUCUGCAUCUGUAGUAAAGAUCAAGUGUGGGCAUAAGUUUCACAAAAAUUGUUUCGAGGUCUACUCCAAAACCAGCAACACCUGUCCGAUUUGCAAAGAACCUCAACAUCAUACUAGGUUGCAGAAACGGCAGAACACGCCUUCAAGAUCUGCUCCAGCCAACAAUGAAGAUUCGGGGCAAGCAGAAAUUCCUCAGCAGUUAAUAGGGAACAUGGUAGCAGAACAAGUCAAGGCCAUGCAAAAUGAACUGCUUACGCAGCUGUCGGAAAAAAUGUCGCAGCUUAUACAAGCCAAUAUAGCUGUGCAUUUUCCGCAACCGCCUAUUACCACUGCCAAUAUUGACACAAGGCGAUAUUCAGAGUCGGUAAAUUUUCAGGUUGGAGGGCCAACAAGUAUGCUACAUGGCUCUGGAAGGGCAACUCCUAGAACAGAGGUUACCGAUCUCGUGCAACGACCCGAUAAAGUUGGCCAAAUACUUAACAGUUGGAAGCUAAGAUUCAGUGGCAGUCCAGAGGGCCUGGGAGUUGAUAAUUUCAUAUAUCGGGUAGAGGCACUUACACAGCAGACGCUAGAAGGGAAUUUUGUGGCUUUAUGCAGCAAUUCUAGUUUGCUGUUUGAUGGCAAAGCGCGUGAUUUCUAUUGGCGUUUUCACAAGUCCGUUAGGGAGGUACGAUGGGACUCGCUUUGUUAUGCGCUACGAAAGCAAUUUCGGGACACCCGCACUGAUGUGGACAUUAGAGAAGCUAUCCGAGAUAGAAAACAAAAGGAGAAAGAGGAUUUCGACUCAUUUCACGAUGCAAUUAUGCAGCUUAUGGAUAGCUUAGAAACGCCAAUGUCUGAGCGAGAUGUGGUGGACACUCUGAGUAGGAAUUUACGACCGGAAAUUCGGCAUGAACUCCUGAAUGUGAAUGUCGGCACCGUCGAUCGGCUGCGCGAGAUUUGUCGGCGAAGAGAAAGGUUCUUAGACGACGUAAGGCGAAGCCAUAGCUACCAAAAGAAUAUCCCUUUUCGCAAGAAUGUCUCCGAGUUAAUCGAGGAAAUCCAUUUGGAUGACGCAGUUGAAUUUUCGGAAGACGGAGAUGAAGGAGAAAUAGGUGCUAUGGCAUUAAUUUGUUGGAACUGUCGCAAAGAGGGUCAUAGGUAUCAGGACUGCGAGGGAAAACGCAAAAUUUUCUGUUUUGGUUGUGGACGCCCGAAUACUUACAAGCCAUCUUGCGUAAAAUGUCAAAAAAACUCCAAGAUGAACACACAGCCUCGUCAGCAGUCGUGUGUUCAGCGCCAGAAAUCGACGAACCCAGAUGCGAGCCAGUAGAAAAUGAAAACUUAUCACCUACAAUAAAUUUCCCGAAUUUGUCCGAUAGUAUUGUCAGUCCGUUUACUCCUUGGCCACAAUUAAUAAAAUCUAAUCAGUUAUCCAUAAAUCCAAUGUCAGUCAGUCCGAAGAAAAGAUCGCGAAAUGCAAAUAGGAUGAGAGCUUUUUGGCGAGCAGCAAAAGCUGUUAACGCUAUCCGAUAUAAGAAGGCCGAUAAACGCCCUUACGCUGAGGUGCGUUUGCUGGAUAAAUUAGUGUUAGGAUUGCUCGAUACCGGAGCCGCGAUGAGUGUAGUUGGUGGGAAAUUAGCUGAGCAAAUUGUUGUCAGUAAAAUUCCUUUUAAACGCGCUGCAUCGGUUGCAAGCACGGCGGAUGGGAAAAAGCAAGAAGUAAUUGGCCGGCUUAGAACUCCUGUGCAGUACAAGCAAGUAAUCAAGGAUUUAGAUCUGCAUAUUAUUCCGUCCCUUAGUCAGGAUCUUUACCUGGGAAUAGAUUUCUGGAAAGAAUUCGAUCUUCUGCCGGUUAGUAUGAGUGUGGAUGAAAUUUCCCCGGAAUCACAUCAACUUUCUGUUAGCCAACAGGACAUACUCAAGUCGGUAGUUCAACGAUUCCCAUCUUUCGCAGUUUCUGGGUUAGGCAAGACGAACAAAAUCUCACAUACUAUUGACAUUGGAGACGCAAAGCCGGUGAAGCAAAGGCAUCUCCCUGUCUCUCCGGCAGUGGAAAAGUUGCUGUAUGAAGAGGUCGAUAGAAUGCUCAGCUUGGGAGUUAUUGAGGAAUCAGAUAGUCCCUGGUCAUCACCGGUUGUUCUGGUGCAGAAACCGGGAAAAAUUCGCCUAUGCUUGGAUAGCCGAAAGGUCAACGCGGUUACUAAAAAGGAUGCGUAUCCGUUGCCUCAGAUAGAUGGUAUCUUAGGGCGGCUUCCCAAGGCUAUGUUUAUAUCAAGUCUCGAUCUCAAGGAUGCCUACUGGCAAAUCCCUCUGGACCCUGCAUCGCGUGACAAAACGGCAUUUACCAUACCCGGAAAGCCCCUAUAUCAGUACAAAGUUAUGCCUUUCGGUCUCACCAACGCUUCUCAAACUAUGACUAGAUUGAUGGACAAGGUUAUCCCUGCAGAUUUGAGAAAUGAGGUUUUCGUGUAUCUGGAUGACCUGCUCAUAGUAUCAGAUAGCUUUGAGGCUCACAUGAGGGUGUUAGGCUUAGUGGCGAGCUAUGUAAAAACAGCAGGGUUAACUCUCAAUGUCGAGAAAAGCAAGUUCUGUAUGCGUACUGUCAAGUAUCUGGGCCAUAUUGUCGGGGAGGGCGUUAUACGCACAGAUCCAGAUAAAAUAUCAGCGAUGACAAAUUUUCCGCUACCGCAGUCGCUCAAGGCUCUGCGCCGUUUCUUAGGCAUGGUUGGGUGGUACAGGAAGUUUAUAAAUAAUUUUGCAUCUGUUUCCGCUCCGCUUACUGACCUGUUAAAGCCAAGACAAAAAUUUGUGAUGACUGCUGAGGGAGAGAAGGCUUUUGCGAAGCUUAAAGAAAUGUUGUGCUCUGCCCCAGUUCUUCACAGUCCGGAUUUUAGCAGACCAUUUUUUAUACACUGUGAUGCGAGUAAGUCUGGUGUUGGUGGAGUUCUGGUGCAAAAGUCGGAUGAAGGGGACGAAUAUCCAUUAGCUUUCGUUUCAAAAAAAUUGAACAAAGCACAGAAAAAUUAUUCGGUGACAGAGCAAGAGUGCCUGGCGGCCAUUAUUUGUAUAAAAAGAUUCCGAGCGUAUGUAGAAGGACACGCAUUCACUGUAAUUACCGAUCAUGCGUCGCUAAAGUGGCUUAUGACCCAAACGGACCUCCAUUCACGUUUAGCUCGGUGGGCCUUGAAACUGCAGAGUUUCGAUUUUAAAAUCGAACAUCGUAGCGGAAGGUUGAAUGUAGUUCCCGAUGCAUUGUCGAGGGUGAAUGAGGAAGAAUUGGCGGCCAUAGACGCAAGUCACGGGUUGCUAGUAGAAUUAGAUUUGCCGGAAUUCAAAAGCGAUGAAUAUGUGGAGCUGAUUGAAAAGGUAAAAGCGAAUGGGGAAAAGCUUCCAGAUUUGAAGGUGGUCGACAAUUUGGUGUAUCGCAGAACCGAUCACGCUACCGGCGAGGCCUUACACGACAACUUCAACUGGAAACUUUGGAUUCCAACGAAAUUAGUUCCCGAGGUUCUUAAAAAAGCUCACGAUGAUCCACUAGCAUCCCACGGAGGCAUCCACAAGACCUUAGAAAGAGUUCGAAGGUAUUACUUUUGGCCAGGGUUGAUCAAGGACGUGAAGGACUACAUACAAGCUUGUGCCACUUGCAAAAUGUCGAAAGCACCGAACAGGAUUCAACGUCCACCAAUGGGUAUCUCUCCAGAGUCCCAUAGAUUCUUCCAGAGACUCUACGUUGAUUUUCUAGGACCAUACCCGCGGUCUAGGAGUGGGCACAUAGGGAUCUUCAUAGUUUUAGAUCAUUAUACGAAGUUCGUGUUCCUAAAAGCGGUAAAGAAACUCACAGCAGACGUAGUAAUUCAAUAUCUACAGCAGGAUUUAUUCCAUACGUUUGGAGUGCCGGAAACUAUUGUUUCUGACAACGGUUCGCAAUUCAAAUCAGAUGCAUUCCAGAAAUUUUUGCGGGAGUAUAAAGUAUCGCAUACUCUGACAGCAUUUUAUUCACCGCAGGCUAAUGCUUCGGAACGCGUAAAUCGAUCUGUGAUAGCUGCAAUCCGCGCAUACAUUCGUACGGACCAAAAGGACUGGGACGAGCAGCUCAGCAGUAUUUGCUGCGCAUUGCGAUCUGCUGUUCAUUCUAGUAUUGGUACUUCUCCCUAUUAUAUGGUGUUCGGGCAGCACUAUGUAUCUUCAGGCUCCACUUUUAAGCUCUUAAGAGCUCUGCGAUUGCUCGAGGACAGGUCAGCGGUGUUUACACGAGAAGAUUCGCUAGAUUUAAUUCGCAGUAAAGCAGGCGAGGUUAUGAGGAAGCAAAAUGCGAGGAACGAACGACAAUAUAAUUUGCGGUCGAGGGAGGUGUCGUAUGCAGAGGGUCAGGAAGUAUGGCGACGGAAUUUCAGACAAAGCAAUUUCGUAGCCGGUUAUAACGCCAAGCUAGCCCCAGCUUACGUGAAGGCUAGGGUUAAGAAGAAAAUUGGCCUGGCUAACUAUGACCUCGAAGAUCUGCAAGGAAAGUAUAUUGGACGCUAUCAUGCGAAAGAUAUGAAGCAAUAGUUGAGCUGCCUUCUGUGCUGGUUGUAUCUGUCUUGGGAAUUUGACUCCCAAGUCAGAUCUUUGGCGGGGGGUAUUUGUGGCACUUGCGGCAGACCUAAAACUGCAACGCCAUCUAGGGGUCACAUUGCGAGGCGUGCGCCACCUGCAUAUCGCGUGAAGGGGUUAGCGGCAGGGUCACGGGUUUUACAGGGCUAAUUGUCAGUUUUCCCAGAGAGAGUGAAAUUUCUACAAAUCGGGCAGAUGCUAGGUUGCCGCCUUAUUCUGGCGUCAUUAGCAGCCAUUCUCCAGUUAAAGAUCGGCGGAGAAAGGUCGUUUUGUGAUAGUGGGCAAUUAAAGCCAAAUAAGUCCAAGUGCUACAGGCGAACCAGUUUGGUGAAUAGCUUGAUCCGGCGGAGAGCUGGGGAUUUUAAAAGAUCAAAGCAUAUCCAGCUUAAGCUUACUGAUCCGGAAGGAAAAGCGCUACAGCCAGGCAGCGCCAGAAGUUUCAGUUUUUUUUGUCAGGCCACCACAAGGGAAUUAAAAGGCAAAGCAGACAACUCUUCGGCUGCAGCUUCUGAGACCGAGGAAGGCCUACGAUCCGCGGAAGAAGUAGCCGCCGAUUAGUGAAUUUUUAUCAGUUGGCUCGCGCGCUUCGAUCAGCAGCAUGAAUUUGUAAAAAUUAAAAUCGGAAGAAAAGUUCGGUCUGCUCGCGAAUGCGCUAAACGCGAUUAAAAACUAAUAAAUAUUAUAAGACCCACAUUUAGGGCAAAUUUAUAGAAAGAAAAAAAAAGUCCAAAAAGAAGGGGAGAAAAACCCCAACUACCAAAAAAAAAAAAAAGAACGAUAAUUAUGUGUUAGUAAAUUAGGCUAAGAUUUCUUUUUAUUAUUGUGAAAAAUUAUUAUGUGCAAAGUAACGUGAGGAGAAGUAUCCGAUUUCUUUGUUCUGUGUUUCAUGAUGGUGUUCAAUUUAUAAACCACACGGGAAAAAAAAAUGUCCCGACUUUAAAAGGAAAAAAUAACAGGGAUACCUCCUAGGAAUAUGCGCGAGACAAUCAAUACUUUUAUAUUUUAAAUCCAACAAGAUAAACUUUACUCCCCAAUAAAAUAGCUGCCGUCGCCGAAAGCGCUUUCUCCGAUGGAAGUUACCAAAGUAAAGGGUGAGUCACCAAAGAUAAUCAUGUUAAUUAUGUAUGCUGGCCAAAUUAAAACAAGUUCAGCACUUAAAACAGUAACGUAGAUGUCCCUAUUAUUUUUUCCCUUAAAAUGUCCAAACAAAUGACAACGCAAAGAUCACAAAGUAAAUGUAAAAGAACUAAACGGAAACACACUGACAGAAAUCCGGAACGAUCGCUAUUUAAUUUCACGUAUAUUAAUGUCUUGUAAUUUUCUUUGUCAAUUCUUAUAUAUUUUUUAAUCCUCAUUUUUUUUGUGAAUUCUAAAAACAAUAAUUUAUUUAUUUAUAUAUAUGCAAAAAUUUAUCCUUUUACAAUUUCAUUCCUUUAUAUCUUAUAUGCCUAGUUUUAAGAAUGUUUACAUAUAUUAGUAAUAAAAUCGAAUUUAUAAUGUGGUAAA